CGGAAUAAAAAAUUGUGGGAAGAUUAAAGAGUAUUUAAGAAUAAUUUUCGAUUAUCUUCAGUGAGAUGCGAGGUUUAUUAAUUUUAAUAUUUUUUGCUCUCCAAUCCUAUGGCAGCGUGAUAUAUCCGAAAAAUGUGAAUUCCGACUGGGAAGAAUGGACAACCUGGAGCCAUUGUAGCGUUACUUGCGGUAAUGGAGUUAGAUACAGAUUUAGAGAAAGAAGUGAGCGGCAAAAGCGUAAUUUAAUGUUUCCAGAUGAUCCCGACAGCGAAUUUGAAUUUCUACAUAAUAAUAUUUCCAUCUACGAAAGGCAAAAGAGUAUUCCCGUACAGAAACAAACAAAAAUAUGUACAAGUAUUUGUAAAGAAACAGUUUUUCCUUAUUUCUGCGAUUUUAAUAACGGGACUUGUCACAUGACUCAGGAUACCAGAAAUGAUUUUGAUUGGUCAAUAACGAAAUCAAACGGGAGUAAUGAUGAUGAAAUUGAUAAUGAUAUUAAUCGUGCUUUUGGUAUAAAUUCAGGCUAUUAUUUAUCUACUGAACGGAAUACUUCUGAAAGGAGAGAAAAGUCACGAAUCAUAACACCUUGGUUUCCAAUUAGUAAAAAUGGUUAUUGCAUUCAAUUUUGGUAUAAUUUAAAUAAAAUGGAAGUAAAGUUAAGAAUAUUUAUUCAAAUAAAGUCGAAUGAAAGUUUUGGACUUAGGAAAAUUUGGGAAGCUGAAGAGGAUCUUGGAGAUUUUUGGUUAUUCGAUUCUGUUUCAUUACCUAUAAUUGAUCAGCAAAUAAGGGUUAUCUUCGAAGCUACCAUUAGAAGAGUUGGAAAGGUUUCAUUAGAUGACGUGACAGUUAAAGAUCGUGUCUGUUUAGAAAGAAGGCGGAAAAUAAUCGUUAAAUAGCAACAAAUGAUUUUAAACACGAAGCCCUUCAUUACGCAACUAAUUUUGUACAUAUACAGUUGUAAUGUUCUGUUUAAUGUUCAAUGUUUCAAUGUAAUGUUCUGUUUAAUGAGAAUAAAGAAUUUUAU